AUGACUGAGCCUGCAGCGCUUUCAGAAAUCAUCGACGAUUCGGGAGACAACAGUGGAGGAGAAGCAGCAGCAUGUGCGCCCGCGGCGCGAAUGUGGCGGUGGGUGUGGUCGCGGCGCGACGUGCUGCUGAUGAGCACGGCGUUCCUUUUCUUCUUCGUGGCGUUCAAUGCGCUGCAGAACGUCGCGACGAGCAUCCACGGCGCGAGCAACAUCGGCGCGCUCUCCAUGGGCGUGCUUUACGCCGUCAUUGUCGUCACCGCGCCGCUCGCGCCCUUCCCCAUCCGCUUCUGGCGAGCGCGCGCCGCGAUUCUCGUGGCGCAGACGGGGUUCUGGGCUUUUAUCGGUUCCAACGCGUUUACUAUAGAGUGGCUGCUUCUUCUCGCGUCGUGCUACCUCGGAGUCUGCUGGUCCGUCGUCUGGGUGGCUCAGGGAGUGUACCUCGUUGCUGCUGCGGGUGUCUACAGUAAACGUUACAACAAGCCUAUGGAUGUUGUGCCAAUAGAAGACUGCCACGUGGACGACGCUACCCUGAACUUCAAGCGCCCAGUCGCCGCGCACGUUCCCUGUCCGUCGAUUUCAUCCACCAGGGCGCUUUCAAUCUUCACCGUUGAUUGGGAGGAGAUGGAAGUUGCUGACUUCACACGCUAUGUGGUGCAGCCGCUGCUGGGAGCGCAGUGGAUGGGCGGAGCCAUGAUGGUCUUUGGAGUCGCCAUUGCCGUUUGUUGUUUCAUCGCAGUUCGCUUCGCCAAGGGGCUCUCAUCGAUUCGCCUCAUGCUGCUGCUGGGUGCUGCCUCGCAGACAGCCGUUCUCAUCCUCACAUGGCUCUUUCAGGACAGAGCCAUGUCCAAGCCAGCAGCAUUCGCGCUGGUGUUCAGCUGUGCACUGCUGUGGGGAAUCGGCGCCACCGCGUUUCAGUCCCAAAUCACUGCGCUCCUGCCGUUGCAUACCUCCUCCUCCCCUCUCUCUCACUCACACUCCUCUCAUCCUCCUUCCAUGCUCGCACCUCUCACUUCCCCUUCCAACAUCUAUCACUCUCUUUCCUCUCCUCUUCCAUAUCUUCCUCCCACAAUCUCCCCUCUGCACCGCAUUGAACACUCCAUGACCACACCCGUACGUGCAUUGAAUCACUCAGAGCACUGCUGCCUGCUGUCUCCAUCUGCUUCCUUGUGUGCCCUCUCUCUCAAACCCGUUUCCCCUUUCAACCUCCCCAUUGCCACGCCUUGA